CCUACUUUCGCGAGGAGAGGAGGUAAUGCAUUUCCAAUGGGGGACCUCAUAGCUCGCUAAGUCCAUUAUUUUUACAGUCAGUGUGUCCGAUGCAGCACGCUCAGCUGCUCAAUAGUUCCGUCUUACGUGAUUCAGUGCUACAGUACCUGUCUGUCUCUCUAUCUCUAAAGAAGCAGCUACAUAAAUAUUUUUAAAAUCCUUUUUGAAGUUUAGUUUUGAGUUCACUAGUGCUACAAAAGGUCCCCUUGGUCAUGUGUUGAAACAUUUUUGUUUUUCAGACCUCUGAUGGAGCCUCACCUCACCAGCUGACAUUUCAUUACCUUGACCGUGUGAUGCAAACAAGAGUCACAGCUGUGGUCAGCUGCCACAAGCCCAAACAGUCUCUGUUUCUACCAUCAGUACACUGUGGACGCAGAGAAAUCACUGUGAAACUGCCUCCUGAAGCAAGGCCUCAGAGGGUUAGAACUCUGGGGAGAUAUGCUGUGGAAAGAGGGACCUACACAAUAUCAGGUCCAGUGGUCAUGAAGAUUUCAAACACUGAAGAAACGGAUUCAGUUCUUGAAAUCAUUUAUUUGGACUCUGAUGGUGAAAUGUCAACGAUUUUGGUGCCAUGUUUCACUGCUGCCAAAAGAAUUAUGGGGACUCAAUUUCCAAAAGCGCUAGGGGGGCAAGGUCAACCGAAUGUGACCAAUGAUACGCCAUCCACCAAGGACCCAAAUUAUCUAUCAGCUGCAGAACUCAAAUCAGGCAACAACACCAAAAAUAUUUCAACCAGCAAAACUGAUGCUUUGACAACCACCACCUUCACAAAUGAAAACAUGAAAUAUAUAAGUGCAAGCAGUGAUGUUUCAAGCACAAUCUCAACAACCACCAUCACUGCUACUCUUCCUGUCAUAGGAGCCCAAAGCAGAUCCACUGGAACAUCAGGCGCUACCACUCAUCUUUACAGCCACAAAGAACUAGUCAUUUUUCUGUCUGAUGAUUCUACCAUCACUGCAGAGACUGACUCUGCAACUCCCAGCCCCGCCCAUAUACUCCAGAAAGAGUAUCUAAACUCUCUGUUUGAUUCUCAAGCUACCACGACAUCCUCAACUAUCACUAAAAAUCCAGAGUUAAAAAAAAAUAUGCUGACAAAUAGGAUAACUCAAGCACCCUUUUUGAAGGAAACAAGUGAAAAAGAAGACCCCUACGCCAUUUCUACUACCAAUAAGGCAACAGCUACCAUUGAUGAUUUGAUUGAAACAAAAGGAAUUACCCAAAGACUGCCCUAUAUGACUGCAUCCCUCUACACAGCCAGGGCUCUAAAUGAAAACAUAGACGAUUCAACUUUAAAUAGAGAUUCAAGGAAAUUAAAAGGAAUGUCCUUCACCAUCAGUAAGAGUCCAACUCCAUCACUUCCAUUUUAUACCAUUAGUCAAAAUGAGUCUACAAACCAAACUGGUCUGCAUGCUGCCAAAGCUUCAUCAGCAAAAACCUAUUUAAAAAAAUUUCUUGUAACAACUGCCAAGUUCACUCCGAAAUCAAAUACAGAAACUGGAUCAAUGAAAGAGAAUCUGACAUACGUAAGAAGUUCAAAACCUGCAAAACAUAACUCCCCAACCAGUUCUACUUAUGACCCAAAUCUGAUCAAUGCUUCUGAAAUCACCACUGUUCUUUCAACCAUUAAUAAAGGACAAAAAAAAGACCAAAGCUCAGGAAUAAAACCGAAUUCAGCUGCUUUAAAAGACCAGGUAAAAGCUUUCAACACAUCACCAGCCAACCCUAUCAGUAGCACACUCAAACCCACAACAUCCAGUUUAAUGACAGCCACCUCACAUCCAAGCACCCUAGUUGAAAUCUGGACAUUGACAAGUACUACCUCUGAAGUGACAACCCCCACUAUUCCAGGUGUCCUCACAAACAACUGGACCAGCAACACAAUUCAAAGCAGUUUACGUUUUGAGCCGCAAUCCGCCAGUGACAUAAUGCCCACCAAAAAGAGGCUUGUUUCAACCAAAGAGUCCCAGACCACUGAUGCAUUGAUUACGACCCCUCUAACAAUCAGUAAAAACUCCGUCACCCCAACAACUAAAGUGCUAGUGCAGACAACCAGAAUGUCUCUCACCGAUGGCCAUGGUUUAUCCGCCAUAUUGUCUGAAGGUACUACUGCCACCACAACUCCCCAGACA